AUGAAAGAGUACUGGCGGAAACUUGGAGUGAAUAUCAAGGUUGGUCCGAGCAUUGACAAUCUCGUAGCAGCUUGCAAGUGGGCCGGAGAUUGGAGCAGAGAGGAUAGGUUGAGGCUUGGCUACCUGGCCGUAUACGCUGGCUUUAUUGAUGCCCAGAAAUCUUCCACUCCUACAAGUUUAGCACUGGCUAGCCAAGUGAUGGACUUGGAGAGGUUUGAAAGCUAUCCUUGGGGGCCAGUAGCUUUCAACACCCUCAUCAAGUCUGUUAAGGAAGCAGACUUGUUGAAGCCAUUUGUUCUCGCUGGUUUCGCUGAAGUCCUGCAAGUUUGGGCGUAUCAUGCUAUGCCGAAAUUCGGAGAAGAGAGUGGUGAUCCCAUGCCUAUUAAUCCUGAGCCACCGCUGUUAGCUUUCAAGGGAAUCAAAGGGAAGAGAUAUGUGAUCGUAACCAUGAAGAAGCAGGUGCUGUUCAAUCACAUGGUAAUGGUUGACAGGGAAGACGUGUACCCACGUUGGGAUAAGGAUGUAGAUGACCAGAAGGUGGACAACAUCAUCAAGGCUUUGCUUGGGGAACUUGGUGGAAAAUGGAACUGGAAACCAGCUGACUGGGUAAACGAAGGGAUAAUCGCUGUGGAGUCCGAGAAGGCAGUGAAGUCAGAGAAGUCUCAUGUCAAGAGGAGUAUCUCUGAUGAGGAUGAUGAAGCAAUCAGUGUAAAAAGGGCUCGGACCUUUGGUUAUUCAGCUGCGCAGGCCUCUGGUGAUGGCUGGAACCGUCUCGAGUCGAAGUUGGAGGAGCUGUUUAAAGACUUCUCCGAUAAGCAGUCUGAACAGAUGAAGCUUGGGUUAGAGAAUGUCGAGAAGAAGAUUCAACUCCUUACUACUCAAGUGGCUAUCUUGGGGAGGAUUGUCAAGAAGGGUUCGCUUCAUACUUCUGCAGAGCAUGUGAAGUCCAGUGAGUCAGAUUCGAAGAAGGAUCCUCCUGGUGAGUCAGAUGCGAAGAAGGAUCCUGCUGGUGGCUCAGAUGCGAAGGAUCCUGCUGGUGGCUCAGAUGCGACGGAUCCUCCUGGUGGGUCAGAUGCGAAGAAGGAUCCUCCUGGUGAGCCGAACGGCAAAGAGGAUGAGGAUGCUUGCGAUACUGGUGAGGAAGACUCGGAAUGUAAUUUUCUCCGAACCCAUUAUCCGAGUGCCUCUGAACUUGACGCGGAGAAGAAGAAGAAGCAAGCAGAACAGAUCAAGCAGGAAAAUCGUUUAGCACGAGGUAAGAGUCAGAGAACCCGGACUCUGUCGCAUACACAGAGAGGUGCAUACGUAGGAAACAGCACCGCCAGGAGGAUAGUCCUGAACAAUCCGCCGGAGGCACCCAAACCAGCUAAGGCCAUCACUAAACCGAAGAGGCAAACUCGUGGUAAAGCAGGUGCUGCGAAACAAGUUACUGCAAAGGAAGAAGCUGCUGCGAAAGCAGCUGCUGCGAAACAAGCUGCUGUUGUGAAACAAGCUGCUGUUGUGAAACAAGCUGCUGUUGUGAAACAAGCUGCUGCGAAACAAGCUGCUCCUGCGAAACAAGCUGCUGCGAAGGAAGCAGCUGCGGAAGAAGCAGCAUCUGCGAAACAAGCACCAGCGAAAUUAGCGGUUUUGAAAGUACCUGGUGGGUAUGAUCCAUUUGCUGUUGCGGCCGAGGAAAGCAAGAAAGAAAUGGCUGAUUACUGUGCCACCUUACCGGGUUAUCCGAUGAAGGAGUCGGAUAAACAUGAAUACCCACUUUGGUAUUGGUGGUGGACUCUGCUGACUGAGGAAGAGUGGCUGGAUGACACUGCCUGUGAACUUCUUCCUGCCCAGUCACUGGACUGGUAUUUUGGGAAGCUCCCGAGAAGCAACCCCACCAGGAAGAUAUGGGCCUAUGAUAUUGAUGAUUUAUACAUCCCUCUUAGCAUCAAGCAGAAACAUUGGGUUGCCCUGCAUGUCUCCAUCCCGAAACGGCACAUUGUCGUCUACGACAGUUUACCGGGCUCGAUAGAAGAUAAGAUAAUGGAGUCGGUCGUCGAACCUUAUGCUGCGAUGAUGCCGAACCUGAUGAAACAAGCUGCUAAGGCAGAUGAUAAACCCUACUUCCCUUUAGAUAAGUACACUGUAGAGUUUCCGACAAAGGGUGUGCCACACCAAAACAAUGGUGGAGAUUGUGGUCUAUUUGUCCUGAAGUACAUGGAGUGCCUAGCACUUGGAUAUACCACAUUUCCAGAGACAUUCUGCCAGGCCAACGCCACAAGAGCACGGGAGAAGAUUGCGUCUGAUUUGUACCAUGAAUACGACUGCCGCGGACCGAUAGAGGACCCAAGAGACUGGGAAGGACUUGAUUUGUUAGAUUGA